AUGAAUUUCCUUUCGAUUAAUAUUUGUGAUUUGGGGUCUGAUUUUAAAUCGGCUUGGAUCAAAGGUUUAAAAUUAGAACAUAAGAUUAGCUUUCUUGCUAUGCAAGAAAUUCAAAUUGGGGAAUUUAGCUCUGAUGCGGCUUCCAAAUUAUGGGGCAAUAACUGUUUUGAGAUUGAUUUUGUGGGAGCGACGGGUAGAUCGGGGGGUUUGUUUAUCAACAUAAUCAACGUUUACGACCCUCAGCGGGUGUCAGAAAAAAGGUUUAUGGGAUGCUUUAUCGGGUGUGGUCAGCUCGGGGAACGGAACGAUCUUAUUGAAUACGACAUGAAAGGUAGGAGUUUUACUUUCCUGGCCCCUAAUUCAAACAAACUUAGCAAGAUCGAUAGGAUGUUGGUUUGCAAAAAUUUCUUCGACAAAUGGCCUGAUGCAUGUUUGAGAGCUAUCCCGAGAUUACAUUCGGAUCAUAGUCCGGUUAUUCUGGUGACCAGCAGCGGAAAUUUUGGAGUUAAACCAUUCAAGUUCUUUAACUCUUGGCUCGAGAGGGAUGAUCUAGAAGAGGUGGUGGAAAACGCGGUCAAUACUUUUGAUAAUCCUGAUGCCCGUCCCGACGUUAGGGAUUUAAGCGAAGAGGAAUUAUGGAUUAAGGAGGAAUGUGUUAAUAAUAUUCGGGAACGGGAGCGGUGGGCGCUUUUGGAUUUAAAGCAAAAGUCUCGAUGUAAGUGGGCGUUAGAUGGUGAUGAAAACUCUAUGUUCUUCCACAGACUUUGUAAUAAUAGGAAAAGGAAAAAUGGUAUUCCAGGGCUCAUGAUAGGUGGUUCGUGGGUUUCGAAACCAAAGUUGGUUAAGAAAGAGAUUUUGGGGUUUUUCAGGAACCACUUUACGGAGUUUGUGGGUAACAGACCUGGUCUGGUUUGGCACAACACUAAGCGGCUUUCGGAAGUGGAAGCUACAGGUAUUUCGGGUUGUUUCACUGGUAAAGAGAUUAAGAACGCGGUUUUUGAGUGCGGGUCGGAUAAAGCUCCUGGUCCGGAUGGUUUUAACUUUAAAUUCCUGAAGCACUUUUGGAAAUAUUUUGAAGAUGACUUUAGAGAUAUUAUGGCUUCCUUUUACGAAUAG